GAGUAGGAUUUCCUGUAAAGAUUAGGUUCUAUGCAUUGCUUUAAGCCAGUGGGCUGCACGUGCCACUUUGGCCUCGCUCGCAUGGAUGCGUGCCGGCUUUGAGAGAUUCCCGCCAAUUUGAUAUUCAUGAAGCAUUCUGCAUAUGACUAUUUCUUUGGGCUGUUUUCGGAACUAUAGGACGCAACCUGAAAAGCCGCGCCAUGUCGUCGCAAGACUUGCGUCGCUGCUUCGGAACGCUACUGCUCGGCCUGGCGCUGGCCUCCGCACGGAAGCUGCAAACUGCAGUUAGCGACGUCUCGGUCAUUGAAUCAGCCGCUACUUAUGCGCACGACGAUGGCACGGCGGUCGGCCAAACGGACCCUGGCUGGUGGGGCCGGCGCGUAGAAAUUCUGCUGGCAGUCAUGAGCCGGUGCCCCGAUGCCAGGGCGGCGGAGGCUGUCAUGGACGAAGUACUGGCCAGGGUUCACCCCAUCGCCAACAUCCGGCUCAUCUACAUCGCCGAGGUGGUGAACAGCACCAAGGAGCACACGUACGGCGUCAUCUGCAAGCACGGCGACCUGGAGUGCGCCGGCAACGCGCAGCAGCUGUGCGCGCAGUACUGGAGCCGCCAGGCCCCGGCCGAGACCGGACUGGACCCGUGGACGCGGGCCUGGGACUUCAUCAAGUGCCAGAACCGGGAGUAUGAGGACCUUGGGAAGUUCUCGCUCGCCAACAAAUGCCUGGAGGAGGCCGGCUUCUUCGGCAAGCGCGCCGAGCUGACCAAAGCCUGCUGGUCCGGCCCCGACCCAGUGCCUAUGCUGCGCAACUCGGCUCGUGAGGCGCUGCGCCACAAGGCCUCCGUCAGCGCCACCGUGUUCGUCAACGGCGAGUACCGCUGCACCCGCGAUGACGACCAGUGGGUGAACUGCCCGGGAGGCUCGGAAGUGGAUGACUUUGUGUACACCGUGUGCGACACGUACCGCCACUGGGGCCGGCAGUGGCCAGAGGCCGUGUGCGGCCCCGAGCCCAACCCCCUGCCUAAAGCCCGAUAAAUGAUGAGGAUUCGCAAGCUAGCUAGGAUGCACGAGCUAGCGGUGGUUUGUGAAGGAGGCGCGAGAUGAUGUGGCAUAGUACGGUGGUUACAGUAGCCAGUCGGUGGACAGUCCCAGCACCCGAAGACGCCGAGCCGUGGUUAUGGAAGGCUACAAUGGGCAGCCUCCGCUGCUCCGAGCAGCAUGAUGUCGGCAUAGUACGGUGGUUACAGUAGCAUGCUUGGUUGGCCCCUCAUCUUCAUAUGCUUGCACGAAGCCUAGUCGGCUACAGCGUCCUUUGUGAUCAUAUGCAGAAGAAAGCAGGUCAGUCAGGAUACUGUAAUCGAGGUGAUGAGUGUAUGAACGCGGCGUCGCGACCUUGGUCGCGACAUUGCAAGAGGAUGGUGU